AUGUUAGAUGAUUUUAUCAUUAAUCAAAAUCAAAUUGAAUUGAAUACAGUCGAUUUAAAUAUUGACAAUGUUAUUCAUUCAUCAUCAUCAUCAUCACCGUCAUCGUCAUCAUCAUCAUCGUUGUCAUCAUCUUAUGCAAUAUCAUCUGUAGAGAUUUGGGCACUUAUAUUAACAUUUUUAUAUUAUGCAAUAAUGA